CUGCAAAGUACGUGUCAUUUAUGUGGCACUGCUUUUAAGGUCCUCAUUUCUAUUUCCUUACACUUGAAGGAAGAUAAAGAGAAAAAUUCACUGACCAAAGUAUCAAAUGGAAGAAGGUGGAACAAACGUCGAGAGCUUGGUUCCUCCAAGUCUGAACUCAGAAGAUGGAUCUGAAAGAGAAGAAGAAGAAGUUGAGAAGGCGAAAGAAGAUGAUGUUGGAAAAGAAGAGAAGGAUAGUGGUGGUAUUAUCAACAACUUCAUUGCUUUCAUCACACCACUGAGUCCAAAACCCUCUCACAAUGAUGAAAGUGUUGCUCCUGCUGCUGCCGAUGACGACGAUGGAGAAAAGGGAGGGGUUAUCAGAAAAAUGGUUUCGAGUUUCUUCCAUCAAAGUGAAGGUGAAGAAGGGGUGGUGGUAAGAGAAGAGGAGAAGGAGGAAGAAGAAACCAUGGCUGAUGAAAAAGUCAAACGCUUCAAGACAGAAAAUGGAGGCAUCAUUCAUAACAUUGCUUCUCGUCUACCUGCUCCAGUACCAGAUGAUGCAGUUCCCACGGCAGAUGAGGCCACUUUCUUAAUUAACUCUCUUGUUCGUGACUAACCAGAGAAGUUCUUCGGUGUUUUUUUUUUCUGGGAUUUUUAUUUUGGUUGGUUUAUGGUGCCACUUGUAGUUCUUGUUAGUGUGAAUGAUUCGAAAUUGCAGAUAUGGAUUAUUAAUAAUCACAAUUUGGUCCUUUUAUUU